UUUUGGCCCAGGUCACCCAUCGUCUUCCUCCACCUCAAUACGAGAUGAUAUUAUCCAGCUCUUAGCAGUGAAUGUAUGAUAUCCAGCACUUCUCCUAGAAAUGUACGAUAAGAGAGAUACAAGUGUACAAUAGUCCUCUUCUCUUACUCUUUAUCUUUUCUUUAAAAGUUGUGAUUUACUACAGUGGUACUUUUUUUGGUUCGCCUUCGCACCAGGAUAGCGCAAGGCUCAGUCAUCCCACCUUGGUGGUGGUCCACGAUAUAAUUAUCCCUGCGAUUGAAACAAAAGUAAGCCACUACCCACACAGCAACGAACUCCACCGUACCCGCGCCGACAUCGACGAGCAGAUUCAAUUCAUCACCAAAAAUCCGCCGCACGACUCUACGACCGCGUUGAUGUGCAGAUAGCCUCGUAGUUCCCCCUACUUCUUGGCUUUUGUUGAGACAAAACUUCCGGCAUUGCCGUGUCGCAUCGUUUAUCCAGACUUUUCUCUUCCAUGCUCCACCAAAUUGAACACGACGCGGGAAGAUGUUUUUCUCCUCGUGCGGGUGCGAGGCGGCACGACAGUACUGCUACCCCGAUAACAGACGAAGAAAUCGAGCGAUUAUCUACACGGGCGGGGGAAGCACAGAGGAAACCGACUACGAGCUCAACGUCAACAGCAGAGGUAGUAGAUCGUUAUUUUGCUUGCGCUUCCUUUUUCUGUCAUGCAUGUAGUGCAUACCUGCUUUUGCUUUUCGUUUAUUUCCUUCGUACCUGUCAUGCACGACGACCAUCAUAUUCAUAGCAAGUGCAAGUUAGUAGCACGACGAGCAGACGGGAACAUCAGAAUAACUUCCUCAGGUAACGACUUUGGUGAGCUUGCGUCCUUCGACGACGACCUCGACGAUGACCAACCCGGUGGAGAAAAGAAGAGCGUCCCGCCCGACCUCGACCGCUUCAUCAGUUUCGGCCCCGACGCGAAUAUCCUCGCGCCCCAUGGACAGGGCAAGGUGGGCCGCCCGAGCGCAGCGGAAAGCAGUCCCGGGGACCGGAAAAGCUAUUGUGAGGAAAAAUCCCCCCUCCCCAUACCAAAAAGGCGCACUACUGAAAAUUUGCGAUGCUGAUUUGUGACCACAAAUCGCCCCUUAUUGCAAGAGGGCAAAGCCAGAGAAUCAGCCGCGUUUCGCAGGCACUUUGUAAUGCUGUAUCGCUUACAGAGGACGUGCCUGCCUUGCUAGGUGCCUACAACAGCAAAACGCCCCUACUCAGGCGCUGCGUCUGCCUGUAGUCCUCUAAUGCUGGACAGAUUGGAUUUGUGUGCACAAAUCCCGCAUCACAGAUUUCGGCUUUGUUGGAUAUGGGAAGGGGGGAUUUUUCACUUUGGUAAAAGCCGACAACUCGCCAGCACACUCACGAUGGUUGCGGAAUACGAGGAGGAGCUGUCCGAGCAGGAGAGGGAGCGAAGUAAGAAGAGCACUGAGAAAAGUACGAAUGGAUCUACUUCUUCGACAGGCGGCGGCGGCGGCGCAACUUCAUCCUCAAACGCAACUGCAGCUGGAACAUCAAGUUCAUCUGGUGCGAUGAACAAAAGCACAAGUGAAAACAGCAACACAACCCAAGCGCCGCGCAGCACUCAGUCGCAAUCGGAUUCGUCGGUCAUAGACAUAGACGCCAGAAUAGCAGUAAUAGAUUCGGAGAAAGAGAAGCAGAAAGAGAAAAAACCGCCAGACGAUACGGAUACCAGUACCAAGAACACAACAACUCCAGUGGUGAAGAAAGCAAGUAAGGUAGAGCCGAAAAUUUCCGUAGUGCCCGAGUCGCGCUCGAGCCUCGGAGCCGCGACAAGUCGGCACAGCGAAACCAUCAUACAAAAACUAAAUGGAGAGUGGUUGAACACUUCGCAGGAAAAUUUUGAGGGUGUAAUGGCAGCGUCCGGGGCGCCGUGGAUGCUGAGGAAGGUAUCUAUUCUGGUUUCGAUAAAAGUAGUACUUGAGAUGAAGGUAGACCCUUCGACAUCUGUUGCUACUGCUCCAUUAAGAUUGAUUGCACACGAAACAAAUCGAAGGGAUGUUGAAACUCGAAAUUCAUACUCAAAUUAAUUUUUCAGGCCGCAAAAGUGAUGAACUUCGGCGUGAAUAAGUCGCGACACCGGUUUCUUUUUGAGGACAUCGAAGAGCUGGAUUUGAAAACGAACACCACCAUCCCGAAGACGAAGGCCACCAUAACGCACGUUGGCGGCGUCGCCGGCGGGAUGGAAUUCCAGUUGCUGAUCGACGGUCAGCCGCGGGAGGUGAAGGGGCCGAUGGGGAAAGCGGUCACCCGCGCCUAUAUGACAGACGACGUGUUUGUCAUUGAAAUUCAACCGGCGAAGGGGAAACGGGACGUGGUCAAAAGGUAUAGAAUUGGUGUUGGCUCUGUUGUCGAACAACUGAAACAUAUGACGAUGCUAGCCGUAAAGCAAAUAGAAAUAGCACACUGCGCAGAUAAUAAGGCAGGCGCAAAGCAAUCGGCUGAAACGUCAAAAACAGGCGAAUCGUCGACGAGGACACAAUGGAAAUGCAAUGGAUUGUCAGGAAAAAGGAUCAGCCCGAUGUUGUGUGUACUCGGAUGUGGAAAAGGCAGCCAACGUCUGUGCCAAACUGAAUCGCGACGACACGCCAUGUGCUAUAAAUGCCUUUUCAUCGACAACAUCGACAUCAGGAUCAUCAGAAUAGAAACGAGAAGGAUGAAUGAAAGAUCAAGAACUGAAGCUGCGCCCAUUGAAGUUUCUGAAGCAGCAGUGCUUCCGAGUACGAGCACCACCCAUCAAUAUGGAGCGGUGCGUUUAGCAAAUCCAAAUGGUGUUCCCAACGGAUAUUCUUCGUCUUGUUGGACUGUGUUUUUUUUUGCUUUGCGUUGCUGUACAAAUGAAAAAAAGCAAAAGCUCGAUCCGGUAGAUGAAAGUCCGGCACUUUGGUGCAAUUUUGAGAAGGCGGGCGAUGAGAAGCGAAAGCCCGGCGCCGUAAGAAG